UCUGAAUGAGGCAGUAAGCGCUAGAGUGUGGAACUACGCGGUAUUACAGAACUUUAAUUUUGUGAUUGUAUUAUAUUACUUUAGUUUCUUUGUAAUCGAAUAUAUAAGUAAUAGUUAAGUGAUAGUUCGGACAUUUAUACUGUCAACCUGCAUUUUGCCAUCUCCGCACUCAAGGACAAUAUGAGAUUCAUUACGGCUCCGGCACUUUGGCUAGUGUGUUUUCUGAGCGUCAUUACGUUGACGGAAAGUGCAAGAAUCUUGGCGAUUACUGCAGUACCGUCCUACAGUCAUCAGAUACCAUUUCAACCACUUUGGGUCGCUCUCAGCCAACGGGGGCACCAAGUUAUCGUUCUAACGACGGAUCCGAUCGGCGAUCCCAGUUUGACAAAUUUAACGGAAAUCGACUUUCGAUCUAACUAUAACAUAUUCAAGAAGAUAGAUUUCGCCAAGCUGAGAUUUACUGAUUCUUGGUUGACCAUUUCACGGAAUAUCAUGUGGGAAAAUUUUUAUGAGUUAACGGAUACCAUUUUAAAGCAUCCGAAAGUACAGAAGAUGUACGCGCCAAACAGCGAUGAACAUUUCGACCUGGUGAUUGCUGAAGUAUUAAUGUCACCUGCCUUAUACGUCCUGGCGCACAGAUUUAACGCGCCUCUUAUAGGUACAACAUCGUUACCGUUGUUCGCUAGCCAUUAUUAUAGUUUCGGUUUUCCGGUUUUACCGUCGCACCCAUCGACUUGGGAAAUGGAGUACAAUACCGGUUUUAAUCUAUCACUGUGGCAGAGGAUGACGAACUUUAUUCGGCUAUGGAAUUACAUAUAUAACAUGCAUAAUGAGUUUAUGUCGCGACAACAAGCAUUAGCAAAGGAAUACUUCGGCAAAGAUGUGCCUGAUAUAAUCGAGAUGGAGAAGAAUAUAAGUAUUAUAUUCUGCAAUCUACAGGAAAUCACCUCGUUUAUUAGACCGCAACCACAGAACGUAAUAUAUUUUAAAAGUUUUCAUCAAAUGAAGAAGCCCGCAGCUUUACCAAAUGAUUUGAAAACGUUUCUGGACGACGUGCCAAAUGGGUUUAUCUAUGUGAGUUUAGGCACAAAUGUCGCAAUACAGUCGUUACCGAAGCAUUUGCGACAUGUAUUUUACUAUGUAUUUGCAAAUUUACCGUGCAAGGUAGUGUGGAAAUUUGACGGAGAUUCGUCAAACUUAUCCAAUAAUAUCUUCGCUGCUAAUUGGUUCCCUCAACAGGACAUUCUCGCUCAUCCGAAAAUUAGACUGUUCCUAUAUCAAGGUGGAGCUCAAAGCACGGAAGAAGCUGUCUAUAACGCGGUACCACUUUUAGGGAUACCAAUAUUAGCCGAUCAAUGUACUCAAGUGAGAAAAAUGGUAUCUAUUGGCGUCGCAAAAAGUCUAGAAAUUGUUGAUCUUACGGUAAAAGAACUGAACUCCUCUAUAAUGGAUAUCUUACUAGAUGAAAGAUACAAAGAGAGAAUGCUUGAGAUUAAAGCAUUGUAUGAAGAUAAGCCUAACAACAUGGAGCUGGAAGAUGCAAUCUGGUGGACCGAGUUUGUGAUUCGUCACAAAGGUGUUUCUCAUCUUCGUACUAGUAUAGCUAACGAGUCUUGGUACGAAAGGUACGACAUGGACAUUAUAGCAAUCUUAUCGAUCAUCAUGUUUAUAACGUUAAUGAUUACGUUAUUAAUUAUAUAUAAACUGUUAAAAAUAAUAUUUAAUUGGCUCUGUACGAAAAAGCCAAUUGAUGUCAAGAAAAAAAGCAAUUAAUGUCGGCAAAAUUAAUUAUAUUUAUACAUAUAACGAAUAUCUUUUCUACACUUCAAUAUAUGUCUAGUUUUUUUAGAAUUUCGUAUAAAUUUCUCCGUUUCACCUUUCUUAUCCGUUCUUUUUACAUGCUUAGAUUAUCUAACUUAUCUUUAUAUCUUUAUCUUUAUAUAGAUAGACCAAAAUUAUUCAUAAACAUUCGCAAGCGACGGUCUUUCGCUUUACAUCUUUCUCUUCUCGUAUAUAAAAGAAACAGGUGCAGUGUUUGAUUUGAUCAUUUACAAUUGCUUAAUUUAGUUAGACAGCUCUGUUACAGAUCAUCACGUUAAAUUUAGCUUGUUUUGUACAGCGUCAUACUUCGCCGCAGAAAUAAUUGUUACUAUCUAAUUCCGUCUUUGUGUAGGGUGUUGCAGUCAGACUGAGCAGUAUAUCGGGUUGCCGCUAACAAGGGCGCGCAUGAGAGAGUAAGAGCGUGUCCGAGUUUGCGCUCUCACUUUCUCACGCGUGUCAUCAGCAGCAACCUGGCAUUACUCAAUAUGUUGAUGCAACUUCCUGUAUGCGUACAUUACUCGAUACUUUUAAGCCGAGCCAAGUGAUUAUAAUGUUCGCAAGCACAAAAACAUUCAAAAUUACUUCUUAUAAAGUUGACGUACAAUAAAUAUAUUCACGACGUGAUUAUUGACCCAGACAGCACAGAUCUCCGCGGAACGUCCUGAGGAUGUCCUGAGGACGUCCUGAUGUCCUAAGGGCGUCCACAGAAUGUCCAUGAGAUAUUGGGGAGCAUGUGCUGUUUGGGGAGUUAUGAUUAAUAAGUUAUUUUACUUGCAUUGGUCGAUUGUUAUUAUUGGCCGACAUUAAAAACCGAGACGAAAUACGAAGUCUAUUAUUUAAAAUAUGUAGGGGAAACCGCGAGAUGGGUUCGGUAACUUUUCGGAACUUCGGUGUUAAAACUUUUCACAAAAGUAAUUGGUGCGAUUGUUUAAACAAUGAUAAUAGCGACAAUUUUCCUCAAUGUUUUUGUUACCAAAGAUUCUGUAAUUUGUAUAGUUUCGUCCAUAAUAAUCAAAAUAUCAACAUGGAGCACUCGUACGAACCUGCCCCAGGGUAGAUUCGAAAGCAGCCUGGGGCAGGUUAGAAUUAUAAAUAAUAAAUAUAAUUGUGCACAAUCAGAAAUGUAUACGUUUAAAGCAGUAAUAAACGAAAGAUUAUUUAUAAUAUAAUUCUAAUGGUCAGAUUAUAAUGAAUUUUGUUUUUUAAUUAUAUUAGCGUAUUAUUAUGCUAACUCAGACAGUAUAUUCGAUUAUCAUAAGGUUAAAAUCUUUCUCUAAAGUUGAAAAAAAUCUUUCUCAGCAAACAUUUGUAAAAUAUGUCAUAUAUGACGAAAAACUUCUCAUUCAAGUUAAUAAUACGGUAAAGUAAAAUAGAACAUUGAAUAUAAAUUUAAUAAAAUUAUUUAGUGCUUAUCAAAAUAUAACCUCCAAGGCUUUGUCUAAUAUAAACAAUCUCAUCCAAGCAGUCUUCAACGAGACUGACAACUAUCAAUUAUAUCAAUUAAUUGGCUGUGCGUUUCCCGAGAAAAAAAGAUGAUAUGUGAAAUUUACCCAUAUGACCAUAUUUCAUAUAUGUCCACAACGAAAAAAAACUGUUGUUUACAAAUUAUAUAUAAACAUGCAAUCGAAGUAAAUGCUUCUGGCUACUUGUGCUUCUGACAACACGUGAUACCGAUACUUAAUUAAAUAACAUAAUAUCAUUUUUUUCGUAUAUAACUAUAUAUAUAAUCACAUAUAUAAGCAAAAUCCAUAUAUAAUUUUAUAUAAUUAUAUAUAAUCAUAUAUAGUCUUUUUUCCCAGGUUGGUACAAGUAUUUUAAAGCAAUAAUUAAAUAUAAAUAAUUAUAAUGAUAUUGUAGUUAUGUAUAAAAAAAAAACAGUAAAAUAAC